CCGUCUCAGCAUAUUAUAGAUAACCGUUCAUCUUGGUACUUGACUUUAUAGAGAUAUAAUCAACUCGGAAAAAUAAAGCUGAUGUCUGUCACGAAGCGCAAGCGUCUAUGAAUUAGUUCAAAUUUACUUGGAUAACGUCAAACAUGGAGGUACAGUUCGACUACGACAUUGAUUGGAAUAAGGAAUUCACUACACAAGCAUGGAGCCGAAGAUUUUUGAAUGGGUUAAAUGUUCAGGCUCUUCAUGUGGAAUUCGCUACUAAGGAGAGUCAAAGAGUACAAAGUGUUUUUCAAUACGAAACCAUUUCUUACGGAGCUAACAGCAAUGAAAACUACGAUAUUUACGGAGUCGACUUACCAUCAGAUGCUCCUGUUUUUGUGUACAUUCAUGGUGGAUUUUGGAAGAAGCUCAGUAAGAGUAUCAGCGCCUAUUGUGUGGAUCCAUUAGUUACAGCUGGAAUUAAAGUCAUAGUCUUAGAGUAUGACCUAUGUCCGAAUGUAACGUUGAGUGCAUUGGUUGAGCAAGUCACUCGAUUUGGAGAAUUUAUAUUGAAGAAAUCGGACUAUGUGACAUCUAGACGAAUAAGUUUUGCUGGUCAUUCAGCUGGAGCUCAUCUUAUCCUUUGCAUGAUCGACCAACUCUUAAACCGCAUGGAGGGACCGUUGAGAAUCGAUUCCAUUUAUUUAAUAUCCGGCGUCUAUGAUCUAACUCAUCUCCAACAUACCACCUCCGUGAAUCAAGACAACUGUUUGUCCCUAAAUAGUGACAAUGUGGAUCAAUUGUCGCCGUUAAAGUUCGAUUAUGCGAAAUGGUCCGAGCAACGGAUAAACAUUAACAUUUACGUUGGCGAACACGAGACGCCAACAUUUAUCAAACAGAGCAUGGAAAUGUUUCUCCGCUUCGUUACCGGAUUUCGAGUACGAAUGCGAUUCAUUCUCGAUCACGAUCACUUCAACAUUGUUGAGAAUUUGAGCGAAAAGUCGUAUGAAUUGACGCAAGAUAUUGUAUCGGAGAAAUAAAUCUGUGAAGAGACGCAGAAAA